CUUUCUUUACAUCUUUAAUUUUUGCUCCUCCAUGUGCACCUCUUUCUCUCUCUCUAGACACCUCUUACUCUCUCUUUCCUCGCUUAUUUUGUCCAUUAUUUUUUUAUUUUCCUCACCAAUUUUUUUCACUUUUAUCUCUCAGCACACAUUCCCUGCCCAUUUUUUAUUUCAUUCUCUGUGCACCUAUUUCUCUCUCUCGCUCUCUUUGCACAGCUUUUUCUCAUUCUGUGAAUCAAUCAUUUCAAUUUACUUUCGCACACCGAUUUCCUUUCCUUAUACGCACCCAUUUUCCCUGCUCACUGAUUUUUCCUUCGCUUCCUCUGUUCUAGUUUUCCUCACUCAGUACACACCUAAUUUCCUCCCAUUUGUAUUUUCCUUUCAUUGCGUUCCCAUUAUUUUUAGCAAUCUCUCUCUCUCUCUCUCUCUCUCUCUCUCUCUCUCGCUACCGUUAGAACGUGAAGGCCUCACAUCUGUGCCAAUCUUUCAUUGACGCUAUUAUCCAAUCGACAUUCGUAAGUAUUUAUCAUUCCGGUGGUAUCCGUCCCUGGUAAUCUCUGCAUUAAUUUGGUGUUCCUGGACAGUCUGCAUUAUCAUGUCUGCGUGCGAAGGUAAUGUAACGUGCUUUAUUUCAUACAGUGGCUUCCAAAAUUGUCCACAUGUUCCGCGCCCAUGUUUUCCAUCUUGACAAGAAUAAUAGCGAUGUUUGCUUGCACUUUUAUUUUUAUCAGAAUAAACAAGUAUGCCAAUGUUAAGUGUACUGGUCCAGUUUAAAAUAUCUCUAGUCUCAUUCAUCAUGGUUUUUAAUUGACAAAAGUAUUUAAUGUCAUUUGGACAACUAUAUAACCAUCACUUAUUUUACGUACCUUUGCUGAAUUUUUUUCAAAUUAUCU